AUGCUGGGCCCUAGGGAUUCCGCCAGUUAUGACUUCGCAUUCUAUCGCUAUGACCCCAGUAUGGGUGGCGCCGUUCUUUUCAUCCUCCUCUUCAUUGGCACAACAGGGUAUCAUGUCUUCCAAAUGGUCAAGUCUCGAACAUGGUUCUUCAUCCCAUUUGUGAUCGGAGUCGAGAUUAUCGGAUAUAUCGGACGUGCCAUGUCUAGCAAGCAAAGUCCAAAUUGGACUCUCGGACCCUACAUUGUGCAGACGCUCUUUCUUUUACUCGCCCCAGCUCUUCUCGCAGCCUCCAUAUACAUGCUACUCGGUCGGAUUAUCCUUGUGUUACAAGCCGAAUCACACGCUCUCUUGAAGAAGAAAUGGUUGACCAAGAUAUUUGUCACGGGUGAUGUCCUUUCAUUCUUAUUGCAGGGAGCGGGUGGCGGCAUUCAGGCUAGUGGAAGCCUGGCCGGCAUGAAGAAUGGCGAGCACAUCAUCGUCGUUGGUCUCGUGAUCCAAAUAUUCUUCUUUGCAUUCUUUAUGGUCACUGCGACGCACUUUUACUUGAAGGUCCAUAAAUAUCCCUUCCCGCGAUCUUGUUCUCCACAUAUUCCUUGGAAGAAACACAUGAAGGUACUCUAUGCGACGAGCAUAUUUAUCAUGGUUCGAUCCAUGUUUCGAUUGAUUGAGUAUAUUCAGGGGAACAAUGGGUACCUCUUGCACCAUGAAGCCUUUCUUUAUAUAUUUGAUGCAUUGUUGAUGUUUAUCACCAUGAUAAUAUUCAAUGCUGUCCAUCCGCAAGAAAUCGGUCAACUACUCCGUCAUCCGAAUGACUAUAGUAUGGCGACUCUUCCAGAAGAUCAGGCUCCGAAUCCUUACCAAGGCUGCAAUAAUGUGUGA